AUGAAGGAAGUUCAACAGGAAGUGAGUGCUAGAGAAGAUGAUUACAAGGGACAGAAACCGAAUCCAGAAGAGUUGAAAAGUGAUGCAGCAAUAAUAGGAAAUGGAAAAGAAGGUGAAGGCAGUGCUACUACUACGGCUACUACUACAGCAGCUGCUGCGAACUCCAGUGGAGGUGGUUACUUAUUCAAUUUGUUAGACCGAUUUAACAAUUUAACCAAGGCUAAACCCAAAACAGAACAGGAUGAAAGUGGUAAUGCAAAGGAACUAGAUAAAAGUAAAGGUAUGGAUAUGAACAACGAAGUAAGAAAAGGGAAAGAGGAUGAACAUUGUGAUUUUGUUCAGAAAGUAGAAGGAAAUGAUCUCAUUGUGAAGACUGAGAGUGAUAAUGAUAACAAGGAAGACAAGAAAAGUAGUAUAGAGAAUCCAGAAUGUGUCGAAAUUGUGGAAGAUGUAGAAAAUAUGGAGAGUAUGGAAAAAUCUGACCAAAUGAACAACGAGCAGGAUGACAUUAAGGAGGAAAUCAGUGAAUCUAUUCCAUCGAACGAAGUAACAAAAACGAAUAGAAAAAAUCAUCAUGAGGGAAAAGAAAAGCUGAAGAAUUCUUCUACCCCAACUGAGACUGAUUGUGAUACUUUUAAUGAAAAUGGAAAAAACGUAAUGAAAUGUAGCUCCUCGGAUCAUGAAGAUUAUGAACGUGUUGAAUCUGAUCGCGUUGAAUCUGAUCGUGUUGAAUCUGAUCGUGUUGAAUCUGAUCGUGUUGAAUAUGAUCGCGUUGAAUCUGAUGGGGAAAACGGAAAAUACGAUGAGCUAGCCAAAGCUGAGGAAUUAAUUAAAGAAAUAAAAGAAAAUGAAGAAGUACACAGUGAUGAAAUGAGCAAUGAUAUGCUUCUCCUAUAUGCAGAAUUAUAUAAUUGUCUCUUCGACCGUUUAGAUUGUGAAGAAUUAGGAAAUAAAGAAAAGACGCAAAUUUUAAAGAAGGAAAUAGAAAAAUUUAGAGAAAAUCAGAAUAUAAUGUUGGACUAUUUAGGACGUUACAAAAAUGAGGUAAAAAGUAUUUUAUUAAGUAUGAACGAUUCUUCCCUUGUAAACAACAAUGUAAAUAUAAAUGGCAAUAUAAUUGCAAAUGAUAAUGAGGAGAAUGAGAAAAGGGAAUCACAAAAUCUUGACCAAGUAUCACAGCAGCUCAACAGAAGGGACGGUGCUAUGCUAAGCGAAAUAAAAAGUUCGUUUUAUCAAAUGAUGGAACAGAAAUUAAAUGGAUAUGAUUAUGAUAAUAACGAAAUUGAAGAAAAUCUAAUGUAUAAUAGAAACCUAAAUAUGUUUUUUUUACUCAUGUGUAGAAAACACAUUAUACAUUUCUUAGAGGAAAUAUUCUCUGCAAUCCAUGUAAUGCUUGUUGAGAAGGAAAAAUUGGAAGAAGAAAUGAGUGCAUUAUUGAAGAGGAUGAACCGUAUUAAUAUUUUUAUGCACCUUUUGAUCAAGACAAAUGAGCGAAAUGGUGGCAAUGCAUCUACAAAACAUGAUUGUUUAAAGGGAAGCUACAUCUAUGACGAUCAAGGUAGCCAUAACGACGUAAGUAAUAAGAUACGAAUGGACACUGAAAACAACAAGAACUACAUUAACGGUAAGUGUAGAACGGAGGAAGUACUUGAGAACAAUACUGAGAAGCAACAUCAUCAGCAGUACUACUCUCAGCAGAAUCACUCGCAGCAGUAUCACUCGCAGCAGAAUCACUCGCAGCAGUACCACCCUCAACAGUAUUACGGCCAACAUCAUCACCAGCAGUACCACAUCCAGCAGUAUCAUCACCAACAUCAUCGACAGCAUUAUCAUCAUGACACAUCGAACAGAACGAACUUCAGCCCAUUAAACCAUGGUGUGAAUAGAUUGAAUAAAGUGAAUAAAAUGAAUUUAAACAAAAAGACGUCAAACUAUUUUAGAAAGGACAAUAACGAAACGCAGGUUAGUUUAUCCACAGGUUUAACAGAAGUGUCAAUUGUUGACAAGAAGGUUCGAGACAGGAAUUCUAAAAAGAAAAUUCUGAGCAAUGAGAAUAGUAGCAGUAACAGCACUCUCGUGUUAAAUGAUAAAGGUGUGCCGAAGAAGAUAUCGUGUGAGAAUUCAACUCAUGGAGUGGGAAAUGGGAAUGCAAAUGGAACCGGAUUGACAAAUGAUUACUUCAGCGACAUGAUGGUUUACAUAUCAUGGGUUCCUAAGAGUGCAAGAUGUCAAUACCCACUGGAACUGCCUAAAAAUUCAGCUGAGAGAAAUAAGCUAGCUGAAUAUAUAGAAGCAAAGGAGCAAAUGUUAUAUAUUUUAAAAUUAAUGGGUUAUGAAGAAAUUGAUAAUAUAUAUUUUCAUCCACCCAAAGGUUCACAUAUUAAAAUUAAAUUCAAAACGUUAGCAUGUAUGAAUAAAUUUUUAAAGACGUACAAAAAUACCCCAGAUAAAUGGAAAGAAGAUAUGUUUAAUUUUUUUAACAUUCCUUUGAGAAGUAGUAUAUCAGUUCGAGAUCUUCGAAUUGAAAGAGCUGUACCGAGAUCAUCUGCAGCAGAAUUUAAAAAAAUAAAAAAAAUUAAUAAAAAUUAUCAUGAUUUGUUUUUAUUUAAAGAUAAUUAUCAUCUGUGCGAAGACGGUAACAAUAAUAAUAUUUCCAAAUUAGAAAAUGUAAAUAUACAUUACGAUUCUCUUAAUAAACAUAUUGUCAUGCAUACCAAGGGAGCAGCAACAGCAACAGCAUCUGUAGCAAUGGCAGAUGAUUAUCAUGGUAAUGGUAAUAACAGCAAUAAUAAAAAGGCUAAUAAUGAUCACAGAAAAAAUAUUUCAAAAAUGAAAGGUAUUAUAGGAUCCAUCAGUGUUAAUGAAAAUGCUUCAGAAGAAGUAGCACAUGUUUUAGUAGAUGAAAACAGCAGUACUCCCUUGAACAAUUUUAGCACAUUGUGCAAGGGGAAUAUGUCCACGGCAGUUGAAGGUGGUAGUAAUGGAGCUAUUUCUGUUGGAACCUUAGGAAGAUUAGGAAGCAGUAGUGUUAUAGAAAGAAAUGGUAGUGCCACUAAUGGAAUUGGAAAUGGAGAAAUGAUGAAUGUAUCAAGUAGUGCUAAUAAUAACCUUAUAAAUGACACUGAUAAUGGUAUAAACCAUGAUGCACAUGUAGAUCACCAUCCUCAUCAUCAGCCUUUAUCAGGACAUGAUAAUAUCAGUAAUGCCUUGACGACCAAGACCACUGCAGUGAUAAUGUCAAAUGGUAUACUGAAACAAGUUAGUAAUAAUAGCAGUAGUGCAAACAUGUUGCAUGGUAUUUACCCAAAUGGAAAGAGUAAUACUAAUAAUAUCAGAAAUGGUGGAAGAACUUUCUUAACUUCCAAUCAUAUGGGAUCAGGUGGUGUUGGUUUUGUACCAGGGGUAAAUGGAAUGGGUAGUAGUAGUAGCAUGAGUGGAUAUUAUGGUAAUUAUGUAUCAAAUCAGAUGGGAAAUCAGAUGAGAAGUCAUUUGAACAGCGAGACUCUUAAUCAUUUCGACGGCGGAAGUAUGCGCAAUGGUUGUAUAAGCAAGAAUAUAGUAGGAAACGAUAAAUUGAAUUAUACAAUCAACCAUAACAACACUAUGUAUUCAUCUAGAAAUUCAUCUAGAAAUAUAUAUCUGAUGAAGAACAAAAAUCUGAAUAAUAAAACUGUAUGUGCAGGUGAUGAAGUAGAUACUAUUGGAAGUGGUCGUGGCAUUGGCAUUGGAAGUAGCACCAGUGGUGGUGGAGGAGGAGGAGGAAGAAGAAAUUCCUUUUUAUCCAAUUCUAAUUUCCUAAGUAGUAGUAGCAGUAAUAAUGGCAUGAACACAAUAAAUAAAGAUAAUAUAUUAAAUAAUGUUAGUUACAAUUUUAAGAAACAGACACACUAUGCAUCAUUUUCUAAUGCUUCGAACAACAACAUGAAUUCACAUAAUGAACAUUUGUUUUCUUUCAACAGUAGUGGUGGAAGCACAGCUAAUGUGAAUGGUUCAAAUAGUGCACUUUGCAGUAACAACCACGGAAAUGGAAACCUAAUUAUUAGCACUUUUAAUAAUACUCAGCACAGCAAUAACCACAGCAAUAACAGCUCAACUAGAGGAACACAAAAUGGAACGACAAAUUUGAACCAUUUUGGAACAAGUUCACAUUUAGAUGUAGCAGGGUCUAGUAAAGAGAAAAACUUAAUGCGUGGCUUUAAGAGUUGCCAUCUGGGUAUUGGCACUGCUGGAGAAAUGAACGCAAGCAUGGGAAGUUUCGGUGUUGGAUCGUUGAAGUUGCAAAAUGAUUUCUGUAGUGGCAAUAACAGUGUCAAUAACAACAACAGUGGCAGCAACAAUGGCAACACCUAUAGCUAUGGGGAUGAUAAAUUCUGCACAGAUGUGAUUAAUCAAAAUUAUGGCACGCAGAACGAUGACAUGAAGGAGGACUUUAAGAACCUAAUUAACAUUGAUUUUAUAAAUGACAUAGAUAUGGACUUUGAUGAAAAGAGCAAUGAAGAACUAUCCAUGAGCAGCGUCUGUGAGUAUGGCAACCAUGGAGAUGGAAAUAAGAAUGGCAAUGUCAGUGGCAAUGGUAGUGGCAAUGGCAAUGACAAUAACGAUGAAAAUAACAAUGGCAAUAGCAACGGUAAUGGCAAUAGUAAAGCCCUUUCGAGAAAUUUUAAUCAUUUGCAUCAACAAGCCAAUAACGUCAAGAGGCUUAAUCCUUUGGAAAGUUGCAUGAGUGAAGGAUUGCUGAGUGCCAGUGGUGCUACGUGCGUGGGUAAUUGUGCAGGUAACUGCAUGGGAAGUAGUUGUGUUGGUAGCCGCAAUGGAAGUAGCAGUAUUAAGGCACGAGAGUAUGAACAAUUUGACAAGUUUGACAAGUUGGACAAGUUCGACAAGUUUGACGAGUUCGACAAGUUUGACAAGUUCGACAAGUAUGACGAGUUCGAGAAGUUUGACAAGUACAACAAAUUCGAGACAUAUGAUAACAUAUACAAGGAUAUGAGUUACCGGAUGAACAACGAAGAAGAGGAAUUAAACGCCAAUGAAGAAAUGAAUCUCAAUCAGAACGAAUUUGCAUACUCAAAUAUUGGUUUGAAUAACAUAAAUAAAGUUGGAAGUGUAUGCAGAGGAGGAAGUGUUGAUCGAAGUGGAAUCAUGAUCUCUGAAGGAUACAACAACAAUUACUUCUCAGAAGAAAAAGCAAAAAAUAUUUUUCCCUAUUAUGACAACGGAAGAAAUGGAAUAGCUGAAGCACCCACGACCAGCAAUGGUAGUAACAACAAUGUGUAUGUAAAUAUGGGUAUAAAAGGAAAAAAUACAAAUAACAGUAAUUCGUUAAAUGUGGAAAAUGCACCAAUGAACAAUAACUACAGCACGCUGAUUGAGCAUGCAGAAAAUGGCAUGAAUAAUUCGCUGGAAAAUUCAGUGGGAAAUUCAUCAUCUUCCCUUUAUCGAAAUACAUUAAAUCCAAAUUUAUACAUAGACGGAAUUCCCUUCAAUAAUGCAUAUGGAAAGUACGAUGGCAACAACUUUUGUGAGUCAAAGAAAGAUGAUAAAGUGAAAGCAGCUGAAUAUGAUUUAAAAAUGAAUGAAGAAGAGGAAAAUAAAAGUUUUUUAGGAUACUCCUUUCAAACCUCUCGAGUCGAUAAGGAGAAAAGUUUUUCUGACAAUUAUGUCAACUUUUUUUGA